AUGUCAGUCACGGUUCCAAACUACUUUCCCAAAUUUCUGCAGGAUUUCUGGACAUUGAACAUGUGCGCCCACGUUGAUCAUGGCUCAGUGCCUAUGCACCGAUACGAUGUAUAUGCGAAUGAACUCUCCGAGGUACAUUCGCGUGGUAUCGAGUCCGGCGUAUCUAUAUUUCAAGACCUAAUUCAGGAAGAAUUAUAUACUGGGACUCAGCGAGCGCUUUCGGAGGCAGAGGCGUGUUUCUCCAAGCUGCAAUAUCGAGCUGAAGAAAUCCUCUGCGAAAUUAUCCGUGCCAUCCGCCUCCCUGAACCCAAAGGUGCCUACUCGAGACGAUCUAUUCCUCUUGACCCCUUGAAGUCUUGUCUCCUUAUCAAAUAUCUCGUCUUCCUUCGCUUCAGGAACAGUCCCCAGUACUCUGAAAUUGUGCAUCAAAUUCUAUACGGCUCUGGAACAAAAGAUAACCUGGAUGUUGCACCGUACGGGUAUCUAUUCACCCAGGUGCGACGCAGAACCUUCUUCAAGUCCAUUGCCAGAUUUCUUGGUUCCGACUCCAACAUCAAGUCCACGGCUUGGGUAGCCGAUGAGACGCCUAUCAGUCAAGACGUUAUCAAAAACGCUAUUGACACGUAUUGCUGGGAUGUUGCUGAGGAAUCUCAGAUCUUUGUAGGUGUCGCAGCUGACGAGAAUGUCGAAUUUCUAUUGCCAGACGCGUGCUAUGGCACACUGGAUGAGAGUUUUGGACUCGGUGCUGGGGAGAAAAACGCUAGCCUGUGGGAUUUCUUCUUCCCGAUCCUUCCUUCUGUUGCUUUAUACCUUCUCGGCAAGAGUGCCAAAUCCACUCAUCAACGUGCUACCGCAAUCGCUCUUGACAUCGAGGCCGAGAUCGAUGUUCACCUCCGCAAUGCUAUGAUCCUCUCUGCGGUGCCCCGUAUGAACCAGUCAUCAUCAUCACCAAAGCUGUACUUUUCUUCCCUCUCUUCCAUCACGCGUUCAAUUUCGUCGUAUGACGAAUUCCGAUGCAGAUGGAUUCCUGAACUCUUCGUGGACUACAGUCGGCUGAAGCAGCGAUGCCGGCAAAAGUUUCUGCAAGAGAAUGUAACGAAGAUGCUUGUGGUCAGGGGCGACGUUGCUGUCACUGACCUGACAGAUGACGUGACGAUGAUAGGCAAAGAUGCGGUAGCAUGUGGGGCUUUCAGCGAUGUAUGGAAGGGAAAGUGGUGGGAUCGAGUGGAGAGGAAGGAAAGGACGGUGGCCGUCAAGUUUUUACGGCGAGUGAUGGUGCAGGACGUCAAGGAGAAACUCUUGAAGAGACUGCAAGCAGAAGUGGUGACUUGGCAUCAUCUAUGCCAUAGGAAUGUAUCCCAGUUAUACGGGAUUGUGCAGACCGAGAUGAGCGUGGGGAUGGUUUCGGCGUGGUGCGAGCAUGGGACUAUCAAGCAUUAUCUGAAGAGCGUGAAUCCAGGGGCAAUUCGGAUGAAACUGAUGAGCCAAGUCGCAUCCGGCGUAACCUAUCUUCAUGAUUUCAAGCCUCCCAUUGUUCACGGUGAUCUGAAAGGGGGGAAUAUCUUGAUUGACUGCCAAGGCUACGCUAUCAUAACUGACUUCGGUCUGAGCAAGGUUAUGUCAGACUUCUCGACAUCAGCUGGGAUAGCAUGUUCUUCGUUCUUUGCUGGGACAAUGCGGUGGAUGGCACCGGAGAUGAUUCUGGCCCUUGUUGAGGACGAGUCAGAGGCGAAGGUGCUGCGGGUCACCACGGCGACUGAUGUGUAUGCUUUCGGCUCGGUCUGUCUAGAGAUUAUGACCGGCGCUCUGCCCUACCCAUGUCGGAAGCAUGACCCUGGAGUAAUGAUUGAUAUAAUGAGAGGGAUCAAGCCUUCCAGGGGCGCAUCAAUGCCUGAUUCCGAGUCGUUUAAUAUGUUGUUGGAUGCUUGCUGGAGACAAGAACCUGCGUUGAGGCCCAAGAUGGGCGAGGUGUUAGAAUGCUUGAGAAGGCUGGAGGCUGGAAUAGGUUCGUGA